AUGGAGAGAUUUUUUAAACGAACUCGUAGUUCCGGGCCUUCCGGCUCUAGCUCCUCUAAUGAGCCGAAUGUUAUUGAACAAGUGGAAAAUCAAUCCCGUGUAGGAUUAAAUUUGGAUGAUAUUGUUAGUGAUCCGGGAUUACGAAAACCAAUUGAAGACUUUGAUAUUGCUAUUCCAGAUCAAGCUCGAAGAGAGUAUGUGCUCCGAGGGUCUUGUCAACCAAAUGGUUAUGUGUAUCCGAAAACAACUUUUGGUAAUCAAGAAAGAAGUUUUCAAGGAACUUGGUAUAAAAAAUAUACAUGGCUAGAGUAUAGCAUAUCAAAAGAUACUGCAUUUUGCUUUUGGUGUUAUCUUUUCAAAUCGUUAAAUAAAGAAAAUGUAGAUAAUGCCUUUAUAAAAGAUGGAUACAACAGUUGGAAAAGGGCAUUAGAAAGAUUCAAUCGUCAUAUGGGGAUUGUGAAUAGCUGUCACAAUGAAGCUAGAAUACAAUUUGAGGCUUUUCAAGAUCAAAGGCAUAGUGUCGAGAAUAUUUUACGAGUACAUAGUCGCGAUAUGGAAAUUGAUUAUCGCACUCGUUUAACAGCAAUGUUGGAUGUGACACGCUUUUUAUUGAAGCAGGGGUUAUCUUUUCGAGGACACGAUGAGUCAACUAGUUCUUCAAAUAGAGGUAAUUUUCUUGAGUUGCUUGAAUGGUAUAGUCAACGAAAUGAAGAGGUUUCUAAAGUUAUAAAACAAAAUGCUCCUGCAAAUAAUCAAUUGACUUCCCCAAAAAUUCAAAAGGAUUUAACACGUGCUUGUGCUUCAGAGAUCACACUUGCUAUAAUCAAUGAUAUUGGAGAUAAAUUCUUUUCUUUGAUGGUUGAUGAGGCUCGGGACAGUUCAGUGAAGGAACAUAUGAGAGUUAUUUUGAGGUAUGUGAAUAAAGAAGGAUGUGUGAUUGAACGAUUUCUUACGGUUGUGCAUGUGCCUGACACUAGUUCUCAUUCUUUGAAAAUGGCUAUUGAUACUUUAUUUGUGCAACAUGGUUUAUCAUUAUCUAGAUUGAGAGGCCAAGGAUAUGAUGGAGCUUCAAAUAUGCGUGGCGAGUUUAAUGGAUUGAAAUCCCUGAUACUACAAGAAAAUCCAUUUGCAAUGUAUGUUCAUUGUUUCUCUCAUCAGCUCCAAUUAGUUCUUGUUGCUGUUGCCCAUGACAAUUUUACUGUGAGUGAAUUUUUUGGGUAUAUAACCAUGAUUGUGAAUAUAUCUGGCAUCUAA